UUUUAAUAUUUUUUUUUUUUUUUUUUUUGCCGACUUGGUAAUAUCAUCUACUCAUAGUACUCAUCUAUCAGUAAAGCGUUACAUAUAUAACUCUUCACUUUGAAUCUCCAGUACACAUAUACAUACAGUUGUCUACGAUAUGGAUACGCUAAACAUUACCAACCGAGCUCAAGAGCCAAAUCCAUUUGAAGAGAGUUUCUCUUCAACAAUAACAACUACUUCAAUGCCCUUGAAGGGUUUAGACUCUUCUAUCAUCUCAUACGUAUCUGAUAAUCCGAUCUUAUCUGAUUAUACUAAUGGCUCCAGUGAAGAGUCUCUACAAUUUAACGCACAAUAUCAAUCUGUGCAGCGAAUAACACCACAGCAAUCAAUUCAACAAUCAUCCAGUACCAAUAUUACUACCAUUACUGCUACUAAAAAGAGAACGCGUAAAGUAAAAGUGCCUAAGGACGAAGAAAAACGAAAAAAUUUUCUGGAAAGAAACCGCCUAGCUGCAUUGAAGUGUAGACAGAGAAAGAAGCAAUGGCUCUUAAAUUUACAAGCAAGGGUUGAAUUUCUAACAAACGAUAAUGAACAACUACAGUUGGAAGCGGAAGCUUUACGUAAAGAGAUCAUGGAUUUGAAGACUUUACUGGUAACACACAAAGAUUGCCCGAACUACAACAACUCAGCAACAGCAUAUUAUCCUCAUCAUUUCACUGUCAUGAAAGCAGCAGGAUCGAAAACGAAAGCGAUCCCAGUCAAUUAUGAAAACCUAUUACAAACUUCAGCCACAACAGCAGCGGCAGCAGCACUUUAUCAUACUACUAUUACUACUAAUAAUCCCUCUGCAAAUUCAAACUUCUUCUAAGCAAAAUACGCCUACUGCAACUACGAAUACGCACCUUUCCAUUUUUUUUUCUUUUUAAUCCUUUAUACCUAUUGUUGUCUUUAUGAACCCACUACUGCUUUUUAUAGUUUCUUAGAAUAUGUUCUUGCUGUAACAUUUCUUUUGCUGUGUCUCUAA